UUCCGAAACAAACAAAAACCUCAAAAGCAGACGAAGUUUCUUUGUAUAAUCUUUGGUUCAUAGGUUGUUCUGAAAAGUAAACUAUACUCUGUUCCUUCUCUUCGUGGUUCUCUUCUUCCUUAUCCCUUACCCUCUGUUUUGUUUCCUAGAUCACAUCCAACAAAACCAUGGAUCUAUCUACACUGUUACUGGCCCUGCUCUUCAUUGCAGGUCUCAUAAAUAUCUUCCUUCAAGUAUCCACCAACAAGAUUACCACGUGCCUUCAAAUUUUCCUCCCCAGCAGUGCUUGCAAAACCAAAACCGCCCUCACUCCUUCACCAACGGCCAAGGUGGAGCACGGUUCCUCCAGGAAGAAGGAAGAGCUCGAAAGGGUGUUUUCCACUUUCGACAAAAACGGUGACGGUUUCGUGACGAAGCAGGAGCUGAGUGAAUCCCUGAGGAACAUCGGAAUCUUGAUGACAGACAAAGAGGUGGACGAUAUUGUUGUGAAGUACGAUUCGAACGGUGAUGGCUUGAUAGAUUUUGAGGAGUUUUGCUUGUUGACAAGGGAGUGUAUGGGAGGGAAAAAGGAAGAAGAUGAAAAUGAAGAAGAAGAAGAAGAAGAGGAGGCGGAGAUUAAUCUAAAGGAAGCUUUUGAUGUGUUUGACAAGGACAACGAUGGGGUUAUUUCGGUGGAGGAGCUAGCUUUGGUGCUUACUUCGUUGGGGUUAAAGGAAGGGAAGAAGAGUGAAGAGUGCAGAGAGAUGAUUAAGAAGGUUGACAUGGAUGGAGAUGGUAUGGUGAAUUUCAAGGAGUUUAAGAGAAUGAUGAUGAAGGGAGGAAAACUUACUCUCUUUCACGCAUAGUCCACUGCUACCACAGGUUCUCUCUUUUUCAAUUCACACCAUCCAUCAUUAAUUAACUCCAU